UCCGCUUCCUUGGAUCAUGUGGGACUUCCGAAUCAGGCAGAAUGCUGCACGGCCAAAACGUGAUUGCCCCGCGCUGUCACCAAACCUAUCCGAAGGAACAUGACGGCACAACGUAAACGCAAACGAUGUCUUGGAGUACCGCCGGUAGACGAGACAGAGCAGUGCACUUCAUGCCCAUUUAAAACCCGGACCCAUCUGGCCACCUCGUACGAUCUCGCUCUGCCAUGUCACCGGACAUGGACGGCAUUGCUCCAGCCUCCGCCCCCGCCCCCGCUCCGGCCGGCCCGUCGUGGCAGCAAGUCGGCGUGACCCUCUCCGGCGCCGGCACGACGGGCCUGACGGCCGCCGGCACGGUGCUCCUCUUCCUCUACCUCGCGGGGCGCUUCGUCUGGGUGUACAACAAGGAGGUGGUCGCCGCGAACGCGCCCGGCGCACGGGUCGACUCGGCCACCCCGGUCCGCGUCGUCGUUGUCCCCCGGCCCCUCCACCGCGCAGCACCGCCGGUGUCACAGCUCCCGGCGUUCGUGCGCGGCGAGGAGGGCCAUCGGGGCGCGCCGGAGGAGUGCGCGGUGUGCCUCUCGGAGUUCGGGGAGCGGGAGGCCGGGCGGCUGCUGCCGGGGUGCGGCCACGGGUUCCACGAGGCGUGCAUCGCGGCGUGGCUCCGGCUCAGCUCGACGUGUCCCCUCUGCCGCGCCGCCGUGGCCUCGCCCGAGUGAGCACAACCAAGGCGAGGAGGAGCGACGGCCGUGGUCCGCAUGGUCGAUAACGUGCGUGUGCAUGUAGAAGAAUUGUAGACGUAGAUAGACGUCGUUCGAAGCCAG